UAUUUCUCUUGUGUUUAUCGAUGUUAUGUGUGCUCUUCUGACGAUUAAACGCGUGUAUAGGAAAGUGUCGAACUGGAUUCAGUAAUGAUAAUAAUAUUAAUUCGAUUCAAACUCUCAGACUGAUUCAGCACUUCUGUCAUGUUUUAUGCCCUAAAUCACAUGACCUGCUAGAAGUGACAUCAUUUCCUUGGAGGGAAAGCAACUCCAAGAACAAAUCAGAGAGCAGAUAAGGUGGGCUCAUCUGGAAGGCGUCAGCUCGUGUUGUGUAACUCGGCUUUAUAAACAGCCGCAUUCUUCACAGCUGAGGAUCAUGGAGAUGUUCUGUCUGCUUUGGCUGCUCGUGUCGCUGGUUCGGCUCAGUCCGGCUCUGCCCGUCUCUCAGGAGCCCGAGGGGAACCCAGCUGACGGAAGUGUGACUCCAGCAGCAGCAGUGGAAAUGGCCACAGGAGAUCUGGUGCCCACACACUUCCCGGCGCGGCGGGCGGCUCAGGUGGCCCUGCAUCACCUGAACAUCCGUCACGGCUCGCCCUUCAGAGUGUUCGGACUGCAGCAGGUUCACAAGGCCACGGCGGAGGACGUGGGAACGGGAGGGAGGAAGUACAGCCUGGAUUUCUCUGUGACUGACUACGGCAGUUCGGGCUCAGUGCUGCGCUGCUCGGCGGACGUGUUGUUCCCCAGGACGGAGAAGCACAGUCCUCCUGAAGUCCAGCUGCGCUGUGAGGGUCUGCAGCAGAUCAAUUCGCCGGAGGAGGAAGCGUUCUACCAGAAGCACAUCUCACCCGACAGCGCCGUCUCUGCGUAUGAUAUACCAGACAGCUGCGGUAACAUCAGUCAAGACAUGAAGCCGUUCUGGCAUUUGGCUCGUGUGGCGGCGUCCUUCAUCAUGCUGAGAGAGUCCAGUGAGAACACCGAGUACAACAUGGCUCAGGUGGCCAACGUCAGCCAGCAGGAGACGAGCGAGAAGCAGCUGAUGCUGAAGUAUCACGUUCUUCUGCAUGACUUCGUCUCCCAGGAGAUCAUUCACUGGAAGCUGCUAUCAUCCUGGUCUCCUGAUGGGGGCGUCAGAGUGCUGGAGACGGAGUGGCAGCCCAAAUGCCCUCACGCUACCAAACCACCAUCGGCAAACUGAGCUCACACACACACACACACACACACUGUCUGAUCACGCAUCAAUACUAAUAAACAGAGAGAAUACA